AUGCCUUCCGACAUGAAGAGUCCCAUCUCGCUGACGGCCGAAGACAAGGAAAUGAACAUGGCUGCCGCACAUGUUCCCGAGCGAUGGCGAGGAACUGAAGAAGACAGACUCCAGAUGAAAGUGCUUGGCCGAGUGCAGGAGACGCGCCGCAUGUUCACCUUCGUCUCAAUGCUCGGCUUCGGCUCGACGCUCAUGGUCACUUGGGAAGCCAUCCUUGCCAACAUGCUCGCCAUCCUCACUAACGGCGGCACCGCUGGCUUGUUCUGGGGAUUCGUCAUUGUGGUGACUGGCUACAUCUUCGUCUAUCUCAGCUUGGCCGAGAUGGCUUCGAUGAGCUCAAUUGACUUUCUCGGCAACAGGCACCGACAUCUGGAGGCCAAUACCACUGUGAGACGAUCGACGACUUUGACGUUUGACGGGGUCUCGGAAUUCGCGCCUCCACGCGCACAAAGGUUCCUGUCUUACAUAGUCGGCUGGUUGUGCUUCACGGGUUGGCAGAGUGCAAUCACUGGCAUCGGCUUCCUUGCUGGGACGAUCAUUCAGGGUCUCAUCGUGCUUAACAAUCCGGACUACGACUUCCAGCGUUGGCAUGGAACACUUCUCACCAUCGCCGUGGUGGCUUUCUGCGUCUUGCUCAAUACCGUGGUCGCGAGGAAACUGCCACUGAUCGAAGGCGCUCUAGCCGUGCUUCAUUUCGCAGGCCUGUUCGUGGUCAUCAUCAUCCUCUGGACCUUGGCUCCCAAAAAUAACGCUCACGAUGCGUUCCUGGUGUUCUCGAAUAACGGAGGCUGGUCAUCAGAUGCGGCCUCCAUGCUGAUCGGGUUGUAUCCAUUGACGCUAUGCCUGCUGGGUUUCGAUAGUCAAGUCCAUAUGUCCGAGGAGAUCGAAUCUGCCUCUCGUGGUCUACCCCGUUCGAUCAUGUGGAGUACAUACGCCAAUGCUACUCUGGGCUUCAUCAUGGUCAUCACACUGAUCUUUACCUGGGGCGACAUGAGCGAGAUCAUUCAAACUCCGACAGGAUUUCCAUUCCUUGCAAUGUUUUACAACACUACCAACAGCCUAGCAGCUACCAACGUGCUCUCGCUCCUCAUCAUCUUGCCCUUGAUUGGCAGUGUGACAGCUUGCGUGGCGACCGCUUCCCGCCAGAUCUGGGCUUUCUCGCGCGAUAAUGGUGUGCCCUGGUCGAGCUUCAUUCGCCAUGUAUAUCCAAAGUGGAACAUCCCGCUCAACGCCGUCCUCAUCUCAUUGGUCGUCUGCGUGCUUCUGUCGCUCAUCAAUAUCGGUUCGACCGCAGCCCUCAAUGCCAUCCUCGCACUCGACCUUGCAAGUCUGCUCGCGUCAUACAGUAUCUGCAUCGGCUGUCUUGCACUGAAGCGCAUCAGAGGUGAAGAACUACCUCCUAGGCAAUGGACACUCGGUAGAUGGGGCCUCACCGUCAACAUCCUGGCCCUCCUGUGGCUUCUGCCAAUCUUUGUGCUCACGCUCUUCCCGUCCGUCACCCCGGUCACUCCCGCCACCAUGAACUGGGCCGUCCUGCUGUUCGUCUUCGUCGUUGUGUUCGCCAUCGGGUACUACAUGAUCAUAGGAAGGCAUGUAUACAUCUCACCCAAGGAGCGUCUACGCAGAGACAUCCAAAUGGAUGACACCAAGUGA